CUUCUUCUUCCCAAUUAACUCAAAUCCAAUCAAAGCUCUCUGCUCUACAUAUCUCCUCUCCCUUAGUUCUUUUAACACAUUUACCAACACUUGCAAAUGGCAGGUAGAGAGAUGGGGAUGGUUCUGGUAGCUGUCCUUGUGGCCAUGCUCUGGGCAGGAGCAGUGGCCCAAUCCUCAAGCUGCACUAGUGUGAUUGUUAGCAUGUCACCAUGCCUGAACUACAUUACAGGGAAUUCAUCAACCCCAUCUUCCUCUUGCUGCUCUCAGCUUGCCAGUGUUGUCAAAUCUACUCCCCGAUGCCUGUGCGAGGUCCUUAAUGGUGGUGCCUCAUCACUGGGGAUUGAAAUUAACCAAACUCAGGCUUUAACUCUCCCCAAUGCUUGCAAUGUCCAAACUCCCCCUGUCAGCGAGUGCAACACUGUUUCCCCAACAGCAUCUCCAGCUGGGGCGCCAGACACAAAGACUACACCAGCCGCACCGGCAGCAAAGCCAGAAUCCAAGGCCACGCCAGCUGUGCCAAGCAUUCCAUCAGGAGGCGGAUCUAAGACAGGUCCAUCGACUACUGGGAGCACAUCAGACGGCAGUUCCAUCAAAUUGACUUCUUAUAUGCUCUUCAUCCUUCUCUUCACUGCAUCAUAUGCUUUCGCCAGUUUUUGAGUUCUCUUCAACUAUUCAGUCUCCCUUUUUCCCAAAAAAAAAAAAA